CGUAUAAUAGCUUUCAACAGUGCAAUUUUUUUCGGAUUUUACUUUCAUUUGAUUUGAAAGUAGACACAUGCCUACACAUCCGCCUUUUUUCAUAAUAAUGAACAAAUCAAGCUACUGGUUAGUGUUAGUAUCUUAAGCAACAUGACGAGUGAUGGUCAACCAACUAAUAAUAAUUACAGUACUUUUAAAUAGCUCAUUAUAUCUGCUUUUUAUAUAAUUUUUUUAUUCAGUGAUUUUUACAAUUUAAAAAAUAUUCACGCACCGAAAAUACUGCAAUUUAACUUUUUAAUUAUUAUUACUGUAUUGUGGACAAUCUAUUGUUUUUAAGUGAGUUAAAUCUCAAAAGUUAAGUGUUUGAAUAGUUUUCUCAUUACUCUACAGCAACAGGCAAGAAAUUAACUGGAAAAGUUUUAUGGAUUAUCAAUUGAACGAUACUUGACAUCUUAAGUACUGUUUAGAACAGUUAUGUUGCACGGUUUGCUGGAAAGAUUGUCAAGCACGUUCCACUAACCAAGAGAUUACACGUACCAAGAUUUACGACGGGUGUCAACAUUGCAGAGAUAAGAGAAAGAAAGAACGACACGUUGAUUGAUCCGAAGAGAAUUUGCGGGGGAUUUUAUCGCUAGCAGUUUUAGUAGAAUUGGUCAAAUGACCUAGAGGAAAGAGAAAUAUCGAAAAGCCACUUAAAGUUACUAUAGACGAAAUGAUAGAAGCCUUAGGCAAUUUAAAAACACAACGACUGCUAUCAGAAAUUAUGGACAAGUCCAGGAAACGAAUCGUUGAGGUGUGGGAGGAACACCAGUUAGCUGAGAUCGUGAUCCUCCCAGAGAUGAACAAUCGAGGCGAAGAAUGAACCGACGCGAGGAUCCGCUGCUUCGGCAGCAUUGUAGUCGAUUACUUCAGCUAGCUGAAACGACCAAUAUCAAGCCAGGCCAUGGGAGUGGCAAGAGAAGAGGCCAAAAAUCCUCUCAUGGUUUUUCUUCUGGUGGCAAUGCUCGGAUUACGCUCCAAGAUAUCGUCAGAAAUGAUCCAGGAUACACUGCUAACAUUGAACAUCUCGUUUUCCCGGACCGUAAGGGCAGCAAUCCAAAUUUGACCAAUCAAAGUGGAACGUCAGCUUCUAAGGCCAAGUCAAGUAACUCUAGUGGUUCAAAUGCUAAUGUUUCAACGAACAGAUCAAGGCUUGUUGAAGUUAUUGCUCGUCCUUAUAUGCGAGGUUCAUCGCUUCAGGACUCAAUUAAUACGAAAAAUAACCAUUUUAAUAAUACCUCGUUAGACAGUGGUGGUGGUGGUGGUGGUGGUGGAAGUGGAAACGUAGGAGGAAAUAUACCAACAUCAUCGUCAUCAGGUCAUCAACCGAGUUCGGGAUCAGUGUCUUCAAGGUCGAAUCAACGACGAUGGCACUCACAAACAUCGCAACAAUCUUCGCGACAACAUUCAACAGACGAUGGGGGAAGCCACGUGGGCCUCGUAGGCGUCAGUGGAAAUACUACUUCGUCCUCAGUCCAACAACCUCGACGGGUCAGUCCAGCUUCAGACCCAAAAGAGAUUGCUAAUUCAACAACGACACCUUCAGUCAGUGGAUCAAGAGAAAGAUCUGAAAGGACAUCGAAUGCAUCAAUUCUCCAUCUGCGAGGUAUUUCUUCCACAGACUCUUGGGAAACCGGUCAGAUGUUGAAUAUCUCAGGAAAUAGAUCCAAUACUUACAGUCGUGCUAGUUCAAUACCAAGCUUGAAGCGUCAUGAGACAGCUACAAUAGCGAGCGGAAACUCGACUAUUGGAAACAUAACAUCAACGUCUAGAAAUCAUCAUCGUCGUCAAGAGACACAAAGUCAACGAAGGCGUGACGCAACAAAUUCAUUCCUCUCAGGAAGUGGCGGCACAUCAGGAGAGCUUUUCGUUAGUGGAAAUUGUAGUAGGGAAUUAUCUCCGGUGCGCUGGUGCGACCGUGAAGUGGAUGGCGUCUAUCUCGGAAGAUCUGGAUGGGUUCAAGUGCAACAACGAUCUCUUGAUGAGAAUCGUAAGAACAAAUACGAAAGUAAUCCUCAAGUGACCAGCAGUGGAAAUAGCAGUGCUGUGACUGGCACAAUUCCACUACCAAGACGUGUGGCAGUCAAGCUCGUAGAUUAUCACUGUAGUAAUAGUGAGCCAGGCAAAUGCCCAGAUUAUAUGGGCAGUCAUACACUAGAUUCUCAUCGACCAGAUUUUCUAAAGCUUCAUAGUACAGAAUUCGAGCCACCUAGUGGUGGUGAGUCUCCUCACAGUAUUCCAGAGUCAUUUUCUCCACCUUCAAUAACACCAAUCAUUUCACCACCGCCGGCUUUUCAAGAUGUAGCAAAAAGAGGAACGCGUUCUUCACGUUCAAUGGGUACCUAUGGAAAAGCACCAUUUCUACCACGUUCAAAUGCUAUUAUCGACAGUGAUGUCAUCAGUCCACCUCCGUCACCGCCCCCAAAUAAAAAUAGGGCCUCUUUAUCCUUGAUAUCUAGGAAAAUAUCCAACAUGUCUGGUAAACCAAGAUUACGACGUCAGGCGAAUUCUCAAGUGUCCGGGAGUGCUAGUAGUGUAUCACAAUCGAGACAAGACAACAAACAAUAUAGACUUGCGUCAGCUAAAUCCCUAGAGGAUCAGUCGAGUACAAGGCGCUCGCAGUUUGCUCAGAGAUACCUUGAAUCUUCAUCAUCGUCCUCGUCUUCAAUGGGAUUUCGAAGUCUUGACAGUUGUGUCACUAGGAUGACAAUGCCUAGAUUAGCAGAAAAUACAGAUUCUUCUGUAGAGGACUACGAUGACGGUGAUGAGGAAGACAAUCCUGAUUCUCUCAUAAAUAGUAUUAUGUCAAACUCCGGAACAACAUUAGAUUCAUCUCCUGAAGGAAAAGGAAUUAAUCAAGACAGAUUAUCCCCUUCCGGAAGACAAUCACGAUUAAGUCGUAACCAGCAAUCAUCGCGGAAAUCACCAGGUUCAUCGGACGCUGGAAGGUUAUCAUUUGAUUCAUCGUCGACUUCUUCUACUUCUUCAACCAGUAGUAUUGAUCGCACUGGAAGAUCACCAACUCCUAACCAUUUCAAACGAUCAAACCAAUCUCGACAGCAUCAGGGUUUUAGAAAUACGCUUGUACUCUCACCGGACUCGUUGCAAUCGAGUCGAGUUCGACGUUCGAAGAGUCUUCAAUUACCGGAAAAGAGAUCACCAGGAUCGACUAAUCAUUCGCAACAGUUAUCAAGAGAACAUUCUCGUGAACUAAAUGAUUCUAAUCGAGUUGUUGUAAAAAUUAUUGAUGACAGAAGUGCUGAUAGACCUAAAAGGCAUCCGUUAUCUACUCGCAAGGCUAAAUCUACUGAGGAAACAAUUAAUGCUGAAGUUCAUCGUGAAAAUGAAGUAACAGUUACAGAGUACCUUUAUGGGACAAGAAGUCGACCAAUAACGAGAAAUGUUCACUCAGGACGAUAUGAAAAUCGUGACGAUACAGUAGAUCGACGUGCGACAACAGGUCCUUAUGACGUAUAUUUUAUCUCAGCAAAGCAGCCACGUCAUCAGCAAUCUAUUAUUAAUUAUGCUCAACAACAACAACAGCAGCAGUCAAGUAGACGGCCAAGAACACUUCAACGAGGAGCAACAACUCCCAACACAAAUACAUCUAAUAUUUCUUCCGAGUCAAAAGUGCGAUGUAACACUAGCACCUGUGAUUUUUGGCCUCACUGUUUACAGCGAGAAACUCUUUGCUCACCUAAUCAGAAUCAGGCUUCUAUGAAACUCUCUCAAAGCUAUCCAUCACAUCGUAGAGUUUCUACAGACAACAUAAUUAGUCAUUCAACACGAGACCGGGGAAGUGCUUGUUCUUCUCCAGCAUCUCUUGAUGUUGACGAUCGAGAAUCACGAAAAUCUCGACAACGAUCUGAACGUCAUUUUCAAACUUCUAAGCACGAAGAACGUUUACCAAAAAGUGUUUUAAAACAACCUCGAAGAUCACCAUUGGGUUCACAAAAUGAAUUAGAUCAAUCUACCCGACGAGACUUUCGAAAUGCUCACGGAGAAAUUACUGGUCGACGAGUAUCGCCAAUACAAUCUAAAGCCAUAGGGAAAUCACCUAGUGGCGGUGCUGUAUCUUCUACUACCACUUCGUCUUCAUCUAGCAGUGAUAUCUGGAUUACUACAUCUGACAGAACCGUAACAAAGAGCCCAAAAAAUCCUAAAAGUAGUGGAGGAUCAACACCUAUGGAAGACGCGAUAGCAGGAUCAUUGAGAACCCUUCAAGAGCCACAAUCAGAGCAGUUAAGACCUGGCAGCGCUCCAGCAAAACGUGGAGAAUCUCCAGAUGGUGGGAAAUUUCUUGAACCUCAUCAACGUUCGUCUUCUUUGCCCAAGUCAUUUUUAACACACGAUACAGGUCCUGAUGGGGACGAAAGUCUACAACCUACCUCGUCGUCUACUUGGCAUCGUUCUGACGGCUCGAGAAGGUCGACACCAAGUCCUCGUUUACAUCCAGAUGGCUUGCCUUCCCCUCAUACAGCACCUGGAUCGCCAUCGUACAAUCAUCAGUCAAUUCCCAGAGAAACAUUGGGAGAAAGACGACGAGGAGUACUUGGUAUCAGUCGGGCUCAAAGACGUAUCAAAGCUUCCAGUACCCCAGCACUUUUGGAUCAUGACGAGAGUCGACAAUGGUCAAGUGAUGAAAAUAGACAUGCUAAUGAAGAGACGUCUAGAAGACGAGAUUUGAGUACUGAGCACCCGUUAAUUGAAGCAACUAUUCCACUUAUUCAACAUUCACGUCUUCAAGACUCAAAUAAUCCAAGUGGCCACGGUGACUCACAAUCAUAUCGUUUAAAAGAAAAUACUUCCCAGAAUCAGCAAGAAAGUGUUCUUCAAAAAUUUCGCAAAAGCUUCUCAUUAAGAUUCCAUAAACGUGGAAGCAAAGAAGGAAGUCUUGAAGGCGAUGGACAAUCAGCAGUGCCACAUCCACCAUCACUACCACCAGAGAAUGAUGGGGAGUUAUCUUCUAUAGUACGUAUUAGCAGAGAUGAAGAUGAAAAAGAUUCUGCUCCAAUGCUUGAGCAACAUAAGGAAGACUAUAAUGACCAAAAAUUUCGUUUUGGCCCUCUUGUCUGGCGAACAAGUAAGGAAAGAAAGAAAAAUAAUAAAGCUGCUCGAAAUGCCAAAUGCAAUAGCGGAGAUAGUGGUAUUCAAAUAGAGAUGGUAUCUGGAGGAGCAUUGACUGGAGGCAGUGGUGGUGGAAGUCACGGAGCUGGUGAUAGUUCUGAGUCGCAUGACACUGAUGCACCAGAUGAAACAGACAGUCCGCCAGCUCUUCGUCGUCGAGUCAAUGAAAAAUCCCGACCCCAGUCUGAGCUCAUUAAUCAGUUACUCAUUGACAAAUUUAAGACGGACCUGCAGCAAAGUCGAGCAGUACGACAUCAGAACGUUCGAAGAACUAACAGUGAUCUUGGUGGACAAAGACUAUUACAGUGGGACACCCGGGGAUACAGUGGCCAACUACAUUACAGAAGAAUGUUGUCAACACCAUCGCCCAUCAAGACAAGACCGCCAAGGUUGAGUCCGAGACACUCCUCUCAUGACAUCGUUACACUACGAAGUAACGCCAGAGGGAGAAACUCUCGGACAAAUUUGAGACGUUCAUUAAGUCAACCACUCGGGAUAAAUCAGUUGUCGCCUUUGAUGCGUACUAAAACUUCAGGUGCGAAAUUUCCCGGUGGCAAUGUAUUAUCAGAAGACGAGCAAGACUUGAGAUCGGGUGGUAGUGGAGGUGCUGGUGGUGCUCUUGGAACAUCUGAUGACGAAAUGAUGUCUGAUUCUGAGUCGUCAAUUGUUUCGUUAAGUGAAAGAAAAAAGUCCUUUGAACAACCUAUGGAUGAAGAAAUAGCAAUAUUAGCUGAAGCUGUGUGGGAUCACGUGGCAAUUGAACCUGAAGAACUUGCUUUUCGUGCUGGAGAUCUUAUUGAUGUACUUGAUACACUGGAUAAAGAUUGGUGGUGGGGAAGCUGUAGAGGAGAACAUGGAUGGUUUCCUGCAGCCUUCGUUAGGCUGCGGGUAAGCCAAGAAGAAACCGUAGAAGACUGUUUGGCUGCUAUGGCUUCUGGUGUAUCUUCCAGUUCUCAAUCAAGAAGACGAACCAGUAUCUCACUAUUAUCAAAUGAACAAGUUCGAAGUAGUGUAGUGCGCGAACUUGUACAAACUGAACGUGACUUCGUUAAAGUGUUACGAGAUGUUGCUGAAGGUUACGUUGCGGAAUGUCGAAGGCGUACUGAUAUGUUCACUGAGGAUCAGAUCGAAACUAUUUUCAUAAAUCUUGAAGAUUUGUUGGAAUUCCAAACAGAAUUUUUAAAGGAUCUCGAAGCACGUAUCGAUUGGAAUGCGCCGCAUAAAAGCUGCGUAGCUGAAUGCUUUCUCAUUCAUAGAAAUGGUUUUCGUAUGUAUUCUGAGUAUUGCAACAGCCAUCCAAUGGCAAUAGUCACUCUCCAAGAACUUUAUCGCCACAAUCGAUACAGCAAGUUUUUUGAAGCUUGUCGAUUGAUGCGCGGUCUUAUUGAAAUUCCUCUCGAUGGAUAUCUCCUAACGCCUGUACAGAGAAUUUGUAAAUACCCUCUUCAACUUGCUGAACUGCUCAAAUAUACUAAGGUUGAUCAUCCAGAUUAUAACAAAAUCCGUGAGGCUCUAGAUGCUAUGCGCGCUGUUGCGGUUCUCAUAAACGAACGUAAAAGGAGAAUGGAAAGUCUUGAAAAGCUCGCAGCUUGGCAGUUAAGAGUCGAAGGAUGGGAGGGUGAAGAUCUGAUAGAAGUAUCAUCUCAGUUGAUUUAUCAAGGAGAUGCUGUUCGUGUUACAACUGGAAUGUGGACCAAUAAUAUCACCCUCUUUUUAUUUGAUCAUCAACUCGUUUACUGUAAGAAAGACAUUCUCAAACGUGAUACGUAUGUGUAUAAAGGUCGCAUUUACUUGGACACUAGUGAAGUAAUCGAUGUUCCUGACGGCAAAGAUCACCAACUUGGAGUGACAGUCAGACACUGUUUAAAGGUUUAUAGCUGUGUACGAGAUAAGUGGUUGCUUUUCUGCUGUAGAAGUGCAGAAGAAAAGCGUAAAUGGCUCGCUGCGAUGGCGGAAGAACGUAGACUGGUUGAGCAAGAUCGUAAUGAAGGUCUAGAGUUCCCUGCUGCGGCAAGACAACUCGCUAGACUCGCUGCUACAAGACAACAACAUCAUCGACCACCAGCAAAGCCACGAAAUAAAACUUACAAAAGAGAAGCAUACGAUAUGUCUGCAUAUCAACCCAACUCGUCGAAUUCUCUUGGACGAAAAGUGGGAACAUGGUUUACUUUUGGUAGCAAUAAAAAAGGAACCAGAUUGAGACCAUCCUGAGAUAGGCCGACCUUCGUUCCAUACGUUGAUUUAUAAAAAAAAAAUUAAACGUUAAUUAUUCCAAGGGUGAAUAGCCUUACAAUUAGUUCUAAUUACUGCAAAAUUGAUAUUAAAUAAAUUUGAUGUAUGGCACGAAGGUUAAAUAAUGUAUAAAAAAGUCAGUAUUGUAAAAUAGGAAUUACAGCUCGAUGUUAAUUUUCGAGUAUAGUUAAAUAUGAAUAUUUGUCAAACAUGAUUUGAAAAAUAUCAAUAGAAGUUGAACAUAAAAAAGUAUUAGAAAAAUACUUACAAUGCAACAUCGAAUGCCAAAGUGAAAAUAUUUGAAUGUCGUAGAAGAUAGAAGAAUAAAAUUUCUUUAUCGCUCGAUAUUUACUGUGACAAUAUAGAUGAAGUAAAUUAAGUAGUUUAGUAUAAAUUACUAUUAAAUUGAUAAAAUAAAAAUUUUCAAUUGUUGAUAAUAAUUUUGAUCAUCAAUAAAUACAAGCUAAUGUUCUCAGUAGUUUAAAGGCAAGCAAAUAAAGUACCAAGCAACGAAAAAGAUCGUUGAUAACUAAUUUAGUAGAAAUUAUUCUACUGAAAAUUUUGAUCUGUUAAGACUGAAGGUGAAUGCUUGCUCUAAAAAUGCACUAAAGCUUAAAAACAUCUGUCGAGCAGCCACUUGUAUAGAUUGUUAAUUGCACUCUCUAGAAAAAGUUUAAAACCAAUUGAAACGAGUAAAGGGCAAUUCCAUCCUAACUUUAAACUGCCGUUUUAUUGCAAUGCUCUUUCAUUAAUGGACGUAAUAGUUACUAGCAAUUGUCUGUUUUUUCCUGAUGGAGAAAUCUAAAUUGAAAAUUUUACUUUCACAAUGAUAAUAAAUAGCUAUAAUGAUAUUAGUCAUAAAUAUAUACAUGCACUACAGCAAUAUUUCUUAGUAACGAAGAAAAA